UCUAUUUUCCAUCCAACCAAACAGUUUCGGAAAGUGUUAUUUAGUAUUCUCCAUCCAUGGUGGGUACGCUUUAAUUUUCUAGUUCAUGCAGCCUCUUCUUCCCUCCAAAACCACCAAUGGACUACUCUUCCGGCAAUUGGAAUUGGCUCUUCGACUACACUACAAUGGAUGAUAUCGCCGUCGCCGCCGCCGACUUCUCGCCGCCGCAGUCCAUCAGUUUCACCUGGUCCAAUCCCUCCAUCAACUUUUCAUCCAAAGACAGCCUGGAUGUAGACUGCUCAUGUGGAGAUCAGGACAGCUUACAGGAAGUGGGUCGGAAACGGCCAAGGGCUGAAACAAGUGCGGCAUCUGCCUCCAAAGCUUGCAGAGAGAAAUUGAGGAGAGAUAAGCUGAAUGAGAGGUUCUUAGAAUUGGCUGCAAUCCUGGAACCUGGAAAACCACCCAAAACAGACAAGGUUGCAAUCUUGAGUGAUGCUAUCAGAAUGGUGACUGAUUUACAAUGUGAAACCCAGAAGCUGAAAGAAUCAAAAGAGGAUUUGAAGGCAAAAAUCAAAGAAUUAAAGGUUGAGAAAAAUGAACUUCGUGAUGAGAAGCAGAGGUUGAGAGCUGAGAAAGAAAAGUUGGAGCUGCAAAUCAAAGCGGCAAAUACUCAAGCAGCUGACGUCCAGCGUCCUCCCUCUGCAUUGUCAGCUGCAUUUACAGCACAAGGGCAAGCUGCUGGCAACAAGUUGAUGCCUUUCAUUGGUUAUCCUGGCAUUGCCAUGUGGCAGUUCUUGCCACCUGCAGCAAUCGACAUAUCCCAGGAUCACGUGCUCCGUCCACCGGUUGCUUAAAGGGGAGGACAAUUGACUUGGUUCGUUUACCUGUGCUGUUGUGAUUAACUAUGGCCUUUAUAUGUUUAUGUUCUGUUUUAACCGUGUGUUUGGUUUUCAAUUGUUGAAGAAGCUUCUGGUGGUGUGAAGACUAGCAGAUCAUGUUACAUUGCUAACUCUAUAUAAAAUAAAAGCAAGUGUUUACAUAAUU